AUGUGGAGGCCCGGCUUAUUACAGGAUGAGAAGAAGUUGUUGGCACGAGCUAGGUGCUUAAUGGAAAACGCCUACACCCAGCAAAUUCAAAACAGAGCAUUGGCCAUGUUGGGCCCGGAGUUGAUGCAGGUUGAAAUGAUUGAGUGGUACGCCCUGACACGAGAGGCAGCAAUCUUGGAGCCUUGUCACCAAUCACCAGCAACGCAGCUUAGGGAGAGGGCCGAGAGUAUUGUGUUGGAGGACGACGAAGAAUAG